GGCGGGUCCCAGUUUCCUUUCAGUCACAGAGCAGAGCUGAGCAGUGUUUCAUAUAUAUCGCUCGCUCUGUGGCACGGGGGCUGCACUUCGGGCUUCAUUAGUCGGGACUUUGGGGACAUUUCCAGGCUAGCCUGUGCCGUGGAGGUACCCGGGAGAAGCGGCGGGUGGGGCCGUGGCUCGCGAUCUAUCGCACUAUCUGGGGCUGUGUCGCGACAUAUCGCUGCCAUGGGCUGCACCGUGAGCGCUGAAGACAAAGCGGCAGCAGAGAGAUCGAAAAACAUCGAUAAAAACCUGAGGGAGGAUGGAGAGAAGGCGGCCAGGGAGGUGAAACUGCUGCUGUUGGGUGCAGGUGAAUCGGGAAAGAGCACAAUUGUCAAGCAGAUGAAGAUCAUUCACGAGGAUGGCUAUUCUGAAGAAGAGUGCCGCCAGUAUCGGGCUGUGGUCUUCAGUAACACCAUCCAGUCCAUUAUGGCAAUUAUUAAGGCCAUGGGCAACCUCAAGAUUGACUUUGGAGACCCUGCCAGGGCGGACGAUGCAAGGCAGUUAUUUGCUCUCUCCAGCACUGCAGAAGAACAGGGUAUACUCCCGGAAGACCUGUCUGGGGUUAUUCGCAGACUCUGGGCCGACCCAGGGGUGCAAGCCUGCUUUAGCCGAUCCCGCGAAUAUCAGCUCAAUGAUUCCGCCGCAUAUUAUCUCAACGAUCUGGAGCGCAUUGCUCGGUCUGAUUAUGUUCCCACUCAGCAAGAUGUUCUGAGGACACGGGUGAAAACUACUGGAAUUGUGGAGACGCACUUCACCUUCAAAGACCUGCACUUCAAAAUGUUUGAUGUGGGGGGACAGCGAUCUGAGCGAAAGAAAUGGAUCCACUGCUUUGAGGGAGUGACUGCAAUUAUUUUUUGUGUGGCGCUCAGUGCCUACGACCUGGUGUUGGCAGAGGAUGAAGAAAUGAAUCGGAUGCACGAGAGCAUGAAAUUAUUUGACAGCAUCUGUAACAACAAAUGGUUCACUGAGACUUCCAUCAUCCUCUUCCUCAACAAAAAGGAUCUCUUUGAGGAGAAGAUCCCCCACAGCCCUCUCAGUAUCUGCUUCCCUGAGUACUCUGGUGCCAAUCAGUACGAUGAGGCUGCUAGUUACAUCCAGACUAAGUUUGAGGAUUUAAACAAGAGACGUGACACAAAGGAGAUCUAUACACAUUUCACGUGUGCCACCGACACAAAAAAUGUACAGUUUGUCUUUGAUGCUGUGACGGACGUUAUCAUCAAGAACAACCUGAAGGACUGUGGCCUCUUCUAACGAACAGGGCUGAGCCAGUGAUGUGUGCAUAUUGGGGGAGGGAAGCACCUUCCAGGCGUCUGUGGAUUUUACAGUUUUUAUCCCAAGUUUGUUGCAUUUUGUAAUUUUACCUUUCUCCUGCUGGAUCAAAGUGUGCUGAAUGGAGCAAUACUCUUUCAAAAGCUGUGCUUCUCAGGCCGUGUGCUGGACAGUGUACAGUUCUUACCAGUUUUCACUUUUUAUAAACCUGGAACAUUUCCGGUGCCACCAGGGGGGAAAGCAUUUCGGCGGAAGCUUCCUGUGUCUUUGAGGAAGUCCAAGUCCAUCCUGAAUCAUUCCUGAAUCCCAGCAGUCAAUGCUAUUUACCGGGUGGGCAAUUCAAGUGUCCGUUCUGGAUACCCGCACCCUUUAAACCAAGGGCUGUUUUGGACAAGUUCAUGUUGCGUAUAUAAAAGCACCAGCCUCUGAUUUGUGAUGCACGUGUGUGCGCGUGCAUGCAAGUGGUUAAUGGUGAUUACUAGCUCCUUGGUUACAAAGACUUCAUCUGCAGGACCAACCAGCGGCAAAGGAUCCCCCCGUCUGAUUCUAUAGCUAUGGCUUGCUUGUUGGACCUUCAGUAGUCCAGUACAAUAAAGCCUUUGGCCACCAG